UAUACCCUCCUAGUCGAAUUUUGGCGGGAACCGGCCUCACGUAAAAUUUACGCAGCUUUCGUGUCCACAACAAGCGCCUCAGUGUUUGGUUAAGCCUGUUUGAAGGGUGAAGUAAAACGUUUCAUAAUAUUUGUUAACAGAUAAGAAAUAACUGCACCCUUAAAGGCGCAUUCGAGUAAAUAAAAACCGAUAAGCGCAUUGCCAGUGCCAGUAAUACGGAUGAAGUGAACGGAAGUCGAUUAUAAAAAAAAACUGGCCAAGAUGAGCCAGCGUUGUUUUUUGUUGAUUCCCGCGUUUCUUUGCAGUGCUUUGUUUUUGGUGAACGGGAUAUCUCCCGAUACAAGAAGACACUGUUGUAGUUUGGGUGCAAACUACUCUUCAAGUGGAUCAGACUGUAAAAGCUUUCAGUCGCCCUUAACUGGAGUUGAAAAGGCAGACGAAACGACAUGUUUGAAGGUGCUAGACGUUUGUUGCAAAAAUCGUCAUAGAGAAUUACAAUGUGAACGAGGAACGGAAGACGCGAAAAAUGGGAUAACUUGCUCGACCGACGACGGAGAAAGAAAAGACUGUUGCGAGGCUUGUCAAACUGGCAUCGACACUGGCAAAGCUCGGUACCCCUGCCAAGAUGAUUUAGGUCUUAGACCACCGCUUGACAAGGUAUUUGUAGGUUGUUGCGAAGAUGCCGUCAAAUCAACAACAACAACAACAACAACAACACCGACGACUACUACCAAAGCGGCUACCCCACCUUCAAGCGCAAAACCGUCGUAUCCGAAUCUCUUUCCAUCUGCAGAAAAUAUAUGCGAUUCCGACGUAUGUGCCCAGCUGUGUGAACCGGUAGGAGAUUCUUACAAAUGCGACUGCUUCAAGGGCUACAUUCUCAUGGAGGACGGUAUUUCCUGUAAACCACAGAAAAGGGCCCUCAAAAAAGGUGGAAGAUGUGAAACCAAUAAUCCCUGUGAUCACGACUGCACAGACACCGGGACAGCUAUAAAGUGUUCGUGCCGAGAAGGCUAUAAAUUGGCAGGCGAUAACAGAACUUGUAAAGACAUCGACGAGUGCGCGCUAAACAUUCACGACUGUUUGGCUGGAGAAGAGUGUAUCAACGAAAUAGGCGCUUUUGCCUGCUACGAACCCAGUUUUACAGACGAGGAAGAAGAUUUCGACAAGAAAUGCCCGCCUGGUUACAAAUACAACUUCGAGAAACAAGUAUGCGACGAUAUCGACGAAUGCAUGUUCGAACUGAUGUGUGUUGCACCAAAAACUUGCAAAAACACCAUUGGGUCUUUCACUUGCGAAGGGGAAGACACUCCUCAGUGUCCCCCAGGGUUCCAUUUCAAAGCAUCUACACAGUCUUGUACAGACAUAGACGAGUGUUUAACAGGAGAAAACGACUGUAACAAAGAGUCGCAAGUUUGUCUGAACACAAAAGGGAAUUAUACGUGCAUAGACAAAGCUUCCAGGAACAUGUGCCCCCCUGGCUUUAAGAAGAAUACGCUAACUCAGCUUUGUGAAGAUAUCAACGAAUGUGAGGAAGAUCCAGAUUUGUGUAAAGAAAACGAGGAAUGUGUCAACGAAGAAGGUGGUCAUACUUGUAUUCCAGUGAGCACUACAAAGAAAAGACCAUCGACAACUCCUACGACAACGACAACAACCACCAAACAGCCCACCACCACCAGCACAACUACAACUACCACUACCACCACCACAACAACAACCACUCCAAAACCAGUAAUUUGUCCGAAAGGCUACAAGUUCUCUCGAUCCAGCAACACUUGUGACGACAUCAACGAGUGCAAGGAAGACCCAGAAAUCUGUUCAACCAGCGAGGAGUGUGUCAACACCAUAGGAAGCUUCCAGUGCAACUGCAAAAAAGGCUACGCCAAAGACGGCUUGACGGGAGCUUGCGUUGACAUAAACGAGUGCCAAAUAGGAACCCACGACUGUCAAGGAGCAGAAAGGUGCGACAACACCAUAGGAUCGUAUCACUGCUCAAGGAUAUUUGGUUGCGGUACUGGUUAUACACUAAACUACGCCAACGGACUGUGCGAAGACGACGACGAAUGCGUCUUGGGAACGCACAGCUGCAAUCAGCUGGGAUCCAACUUUAAGUGUAGGAACAUACUGGGAUCGUACCGUUGCGAUCCUGUCAAGCCAAAAUUCAGACCGGCUCCUCCGGUCUUUAUCCCUCCCCCAACAACGCUUAGAUCGUUCCCGACGCCACCUAGCGUCCCAAUAACCAAACCUAGCACUACGCCUAGCACGCCAACAACCGCCAGUAGCCAACCAACGGAAUCACGCACGCCUACGCAAGCGUAUAUCCCUCCCGUCAGGACUUCAGUGACGAAUUCGAGGACAUAUCCAGUUCCUGCCUAUUCCAUACCUAUUUUCAGGCAUUUUCCCACCGUGCCACCUAAGCCCCAGGAAAGCUACACUCCCAGGAACGUGUAUCCCGCGUAUCCACCCACUCAAAGGUAUCCCGUCAUCAGCGGGCAACUCAAGAAAUGUUUGCCGGGUUACGUGAUGAAUUCCAGAGGGGAGUGCGAAGAUAUAAACGAAUGCGAUAACAAUCCAUGCGCAAGGCACGAGAAAUGUCUCAAUUUCAAUGGGAGGUAUGAAUGCGCUUCCCCGAUGCAGUGCAAAGUCGGCUAUGAACUGAACGAUGCGGGAGACCAGUGCGUUGACGUAAAUGAAUGUGCGCGGGGGACACACAAAUGCCACGCGUCUCAAAUAUGCAAAAACGGCAAAGGCUAUUACACCUGCGAAUGCCCACCGGGACAUCAUCUCAUGAGGUCCACCCAAACGUGCGAGGAUAUGGACGAAUGUAAAUUGUUUAGACCUUGCGACGCGAAUGCCGAAUGCGUCAAUACGAAGGGUUCGUACCGUUGCGAAUGUAAACACGGCUUCAGAAAAAUUAACAACAUCUGCAGUGAUAUAGACGAAUGCAGGGAGACGCACGGACUGUGUGAGCACAACUGUGUAAAUAUAUGGGGAUCGUACCGAUGCAGUUGCAGCCCGGGAUUUACUCUCAAUUACGAUAACAGAACUUGCACCGACAUAGACGAAUGCGAAAGGUUCAAAGAUAGGAAACUGUGCAUUGGGACUUGCAAAAAUAUCCCCGGAAGCUACGCCUGUGACUGUCCGCCUGGCUACAAAUUGGGAGGGGAUGGACGUAUAUGUAUAGAUAUCGACGAAUGCGAGCAGAGCAGGCCGUGCAGCCCCGAGGACGUGUGUCUAAAUACUAGAGGGGGUUACAAAUGUUACCAGAUUAAAUGCCCUAAAAAUUACGUUAGAGACAGCGAACAAAAACCAUCUGAUCAUUACAGACGAUGUAAACGACUUCAAUCUGUGUGCGAUUCGAGAGACAACCAAUGCCUAUUGAUGCCGGAACAAUACACUUAUCAAUACAUGACAUUGGUUUCUAAUCUGCCGCUGCCAGAGGGGCACAUUCAACUGUUCCAGAUAAAAGGGCCUCAAUGGACCUUAGCGAGGGCCGAAUUUUCAAUGAAGCUCCUAGACGUCACUGCCCCGUACGGCAUCGAGAAAGUAAACGAACAUUUCUUCCAAAAAAUAAACAACCACUUUAACAGUAUGCAGUUGUACCUGAUUAAGAAAGUGGCAGGUCCGCAGGAGAUAAAGAUCCAGAUAGAGAUGCGGCUCUAUCAAGGCAACAGCAUAAUUGGAAACGUGGUUGUCUAUAUCAUCAUUGUAGUCUCGGAAUAUCCGUUCUAGUUUUAAUGCUUAAUUUCAUGUAAAUUGUAUAUUUUCCCGCUUAUGUUAAACAGAGCUUACACGAAGCGCGGUGCCGCGCUUUUACUUAGAUGUAAGUUUUAUUGUAACGAGUAUUUUGUGAAUAAACGAUUUUUUUUUAAAUA